AUGCUGGAGGCGUUGGAUGGGACCGGCAGCUCCCCAAAGGACGCAGCUGGGGACGGCACCGCCCUGCCCCCAGCUCUAAGGAUGCACCGGCUUCUCCUGCUCAGCUCCCUCUGGCUCUUGGCAGCACCCCCAGCAUCGAGCAUCUUCCAGCGGCCGACGGGGAGCCCAGCCCCCCCCCACCUGCAGUACCUGCUGGAGCCCCUUCACACCACGGUGCACACGCAGCGGGGUGCCACGGCCACCCUGCCCUGUGUCCUGCGCGCCCUGCCCCGCAACUACCGGGUGAAGUGGAGCAAGUUGGAGCCGGCCAACUAUCGGGAGAGCAUCAUCCUCAUCACCAACGGGCUGUACCACAAGAACUAUGGGCCGCUGAGCCCACGGGUGCGCCUGCGGCACAGCCACCGCUACGAUGCCUCGCUCACCAUCACUGACGUGGCUCUGGAGGACGAGGGACGCUACCGCUGCCAGCUUGUCAAUGGGCUGGAGGACGAGAGCGUCUCGCUCACGCUGCACCUCGAAGGCGUCGUCUUCCCCUACCAGCCCAGCAACGGACGCUACAAAUUCAACUACCAUGAAGCCAAGCGAGCCUGCGAGCAGCAGGACUCCCGCCUCGCUACCUACCAGCAGCUCUACAAAGCCUGGACGGAGGGUCUCGACUGGUGCAACGCCGGCUGGAUCCUCGAUGGGACCGUCCACUACCCUAUCAUCAACUCCCGGGAGCCGUGUGGUGGCCACCUCCUCCUGCCGGGCGUUCGGACCUAUGGGGCCAGGGACAAGCAGAAGGACCGAUUCGAUGCUUUCUGCUUCACCUCUGCUCUUCAAGGCCAGGUCUACUUCAUCCGGGCCCACCUGAACUUCAAGGAGGCCGGACAAGCAUGCCGCAACCACGGGGCUGCCAUCGCCAAAGUGGGGCAACUCUACUCCGCCUGGAAGUUUUCCCAGCUGGAUCGCUGUGACGGGGGGUGGCUGGCGGACGGCAGUGUGCGGUACCCCAUUACCACACCCCGUGAGCGCUGCGGGGGGCUGCCGGACCCCGGCGUCCGCAGCUUCGGCUUUCCCAGCAAGGAGCUGCGGACCUAUGGCACCUACUGCUUCGUGGGGAAGUAG